CACCUCGCGGUUGACUUGGUCGUUGCUCACCCCUCUGUGGACCUGCUUCCUUAGUCCCUCCAACGCUCAUCUGACCUUCUGGGUGGUGACGAUAUCGUCUUGGCUGUAUUUCGUCUUGAACUUUUUUCUUUGCUUUUCUUUUCUUUUUUCCCUCUCGUUUUUCACUUCUGUUUAUUUCCUCGUUUGCAUUCUUGGGCAUUGAUCUUGCGAGAUUUUUUUCCCUUCUGAGUUCGCCAGCCUCAGUGGAUUUUUCCUGGUAGCCCUUAUCGAUUCGGCCUCGCCUAAGUUUGCAGCUCCUCACCAGCCCCAAGUUCUCAGUGCUGGGAGGACCCUUCUAACCCAGUCUCCAACCUCCCUCUCCGCUCCGUUCGUCGAACCAACACCGCACAAAAUACCACCUUCCCGCACUAGCCUCACCAAUCCUUUGCGACUCGUGACUUCGCGACUCGGUCCUUACGGAGACAGGUGGACGGGUCUGACAGGGUGAUUCAAUCUGAAGGGAAAUAAAUUGUAUUUGUGUGUGGUCGUUGAAACCCUCAUUAGAAGGAUCCGUUGAAUUGUUAGGGGUGGUAUUCCUGUUGGUUGGUUUGACGUCGGACCAAACGGAAACCCCAGAACCAAAAAAGCACCCUCAUUAUAUUUUCUCCAGUAAUACCAACCCCAGAGGAGGUGCAGGAAGGCUGGUUACUGCAGACACCUGUGUUUCUCCAGACUUUAGACGACAGCAAAUUCGGGUCUCAGCUUAUGGCGGCAACUGCUCUUACCAACUCGCUUUCUGGUCGGGACCUAGCACGGUUGUCGAUAAGCUCUACAUCCACAAUGUCUUCAGGGGUCUCCAUGGUUAGUGGGGCGAAUUACAGCUCCUCUUCAGCCUCAUCAUCCACUUCGUCCCCACCACAAAUUUCCAUUUCGUUAGCUGAGGAUCAAAUGUCGGAGAAUGGGGUUGUUACCAAGAUCGAAGACUUGGGGGACGAAGAUAUGUUGAAGAAUGUCCCACCCCUCCUUUCGCCUACUGAAGCUGGAGAGCCAUCCAAGCGAGGUAGAGGCCGGCCACGGAAGCAUCCUCUCCCACCAUUUGGAGCUGUGCAGAAGGUUACCAAGGGCAGAUCAAAGACGGGCUGCAUCACUUGCAGAAGGAGAAAGAAGAAAUGUGACGAGACGAAGCCCGAAUGUAAUAAUUGUAUCAAGAAUGCCGUUGUGUGUGAAGGAUAUCCGGAAAAGACCUAUUGGCAGAGUGGCCGUCAGAGAGCAGAGGGUGAAUGCCGAUCGACCUGGGAACUUUGGUUUUCCGAACUACCCUGCUUGAUCGAUGGAAUUGAAACACGAAUAGACCGUCUUCUUCUGGACCACUUUGUUCGAAACGUCAGUCGCAUCCUUACAUUGUUCAAUGAUAGCACCAAUCCAUUUCAGGAGAUGCUUCUCCCACUGGCGCUUCAGCAUCGUGGCCUGAUGCAUUCUCUGCUUUGCCUGUCAGGAUCUCACUUGUCCAACGCAGAUCCGACAUACAGCAUGGCUCAACAUCAUCAUUUUGAAAUGGCUAUACAGUUUCUUCGAAAUGAUCCUGUGUUGACAGGACAGAUUGCCAUUGCUGGCGACCCGACCAUCGCCACGACACUGAUUCUCUGCCUGAAUUCCAUAUGUAAGGGGGAGACCGAGGGUGAAUAUAGACCACACCUGGAUGCUGCAAGGCACAUGCUAUCCUCGACCGGUUCUGCAGAAGACCGGAGUAACACCUUUAGCAAUUUUCUUUACGAGUUUUUUAUGUACCACGACGUGAUUAAUUCCGUCACAACAUUAGACAGACGACCCAUUCUACUGAUGGAAAACUACACUCUUCCAGCUUUUAUUAUCCAGCCUGAGGCCGGUGCUUUGCUGGGCGUUCUUGACGGAUUGUUCGGGUAUCUAUCCAAGAUCACACUUCUGCGAGAUCAGAUUAGGACAAGGAAGGCAAACGGAGAACAUCCAAGCGUGGACUACGAGGUUCUAUCGCAGGCGGUUGCGAUUGAUUCCGAGAUUCGUGAAUGGGUGCCUGCUCAAGUACCGGAGUCACACCGCUUCAUUGCCGCGCAACUCUAUCGGCAAUCGACUUGGGUUUAUCUCUACCGAACUAUCAUGCCUUCCACGGCAAACCCUAAGAUUCAACUCGCCGUCGACGAAGGACUUCAAUAUCUCCGCCAUCUUCCCGAGAACUCGGGUACUCAGAGUAUACUUCUAAUGCCAUUAUUUAUCCUGGGAUGCGCUGCGUUUGUUCCAAGUCAGCGACCCGAGAUAUCGAGACGCUUUCAGGGUCUGCAUGAAUACUCUAGGCUUGGGAAUAUCGUCACGGCGCACGAGGUUGUUAAGAAGAUAUGGGAAUUGAUGGAUCAAGGAGAUGAGGAAAAAAGCUGGGAUUGGGAGAAGAUAAUCAAGGAGAUGGGGUACGAUUUUCUGGUUACCUGAUUGGGGUGCUUUGUCUUUGGAGGGUAUUUUUGGAGUGGGGGGGGGGGUUCAUUCCAUUUAUGAAGGGUGCAAAAUCUUCUCUUUCAACGCUUUUCUUUUUGGCCUUCGGUUUUCUUAUACCUACCUAUUGGUUUUCGAAAUUUUUUUAUAUGGUCUUUUGGAUUUUCACUGUUCUAAGCGUCAGCACAUCGAUGGCCAGCCUUUUGUUGUUUGUUCCUAAUAUCUGUACACGCUGGCAUUUUCGGUUUUCGAUUUCCCUUUCCUUCUUUUUCUUUUUCUUUUUGGCCCCGAGGAGUUUGUGUUAUAUGCUGGAGUUUGCAGGAAAAAAAAAUGUAAAGGAGGUUGAUAUGUUUAUUCGUCUCGAGUCGGAUCGGCCUGAACCCCGCAAGGCCAACUAUCCGCUGUUACAGUUUGGACUUGCUAUCUAAUCUUCUCAGAUGCCGCCGGUUACCAUCCCUAUCACCGCCCAACGGUCUUGCAGGUAGAGGAAUGGACUUGAGGCAUUAUUAUACAACUUGUUGGGCACUUUUUUCCUCUCUUCAUUCCAUCUCCUUCCCUCCUCUGAUCCAUUACCCACUCAGAUUCUCUCGCUGCUUGUUCGCAUAUCCGAAUAGCGGCAUAAAAAGUAGCUAUUGUUUUUUCCUUCUCUUUUAUGUGAAAUUAUUCAGGGGUGGGGACGGGAGCACUAAUGUUCUGAUAUUCACUGUCUGAAGGCGCGAUUUUAUGCUGUGCUUGUAUGGCGGGGCGUUUUUCAAGGAGUGGAUAUAUUAUUUUUCCUUUCAUUCCCCAUUUAUUUUGAUUUUUCUCUCCAUCUUGUAUUUAAGUGCAUCAUACCCCCCCGUCUGCUUUUAUUUUCCUUCUUUUCCACGGCGUACUACGGUGUGGCUUUCUCCUGUUUCAAUUAUCUUCAUUUUGGGUAUUAGGCCAACCAAUAAGGCUCCUGAUAAAUACUUAUAUAUAUUCUGGGGAAA